AUGUUGCUCGCCUGGGCUUCGAGCGAGGGCGAGGUCUGCCGGCGCGGCCAGCACGGACCGCGGUGCGCGGGCGACGCCGAUUGCGCCGGCGUCGAGUAUUGUGUCCGUUGCGCACAGUCGGGCUUUUGCACGGACGUGCCUCUCCCCGGAGGAGGGACGCCGCGUCGCGAUGGCAAGAUGGACUGUGGCGAGGGCGUGCCGCUCUGCGGCGUCCUCACCCUCGAGACUGGCUACGGCGGCGGCUACUACCACCACGCGCAUCCGUCUGUCCACGGGCUGUGGCCGCAGCUCGAGUUCGAGCAGCACGAGUGGUCGAAGCACGGCACUUGCGCCGGCGCCGCGGACGCGGACGACUUCUUCGCCCAAGUCUGCAACCUCUCCUCCGCACCGCUCGCCCUGCUGUCGGCGGAGCGCCAGAAGGGCGGCUCCCUAGCAGACAUGACCGCCGCGCUCAAGCAGGAGGGCCACACUGCGGGCUACCCGCUGCGCACUGUCGACCCGCCUCACUCGCAGCUAGAGCUCUCCGCCUGCGCCUCACGACGACGGCCGGGGAUGGUCGCCCUCUGCUCGGAGAGGGUACCUAUGAGAGGGCAUGGCGAGCACGGCCCUGCGUGCGAGAGCGACGUGGACUGCGCGCACGUCACUGGCUGCGUCCGCUGCGCGCAGUCGGGCUUCUGCACAGACGUGCCGCUGCCGGCUGCCGAGUGA